AUGCCUGCGCGGGAUCACGAGCAACCCGACCGGCGUCAAGGCUCAGAGAGCUCCGGGUUAUCGCAGGAAACAAUAAGGAACAACGAGAACUCACGUCGGGCCCCAAAUACUUCCUCCAACGGUCGCAAUGACGACGUCUUCCCAGGCACCCUGAUGGACAGAUCCAACGCGCCCCAAGGUCCGAUCAACUUUGGGCAGUUCAGAUGGUCCCCAGAAGUCUCCCCAACGGAAGAACGCAAAGGCUACGGGUACAGCGGUCACCGCAAGGCGCUGGCUGUUCUCGGAGCUGGCGACGAAGCCUCUCGAUCGAUGUCUUACAGUCCGCGACCCCCGCCUAUCAAUCCUCCUCCCAGCGAUCACGAUGAAAUGGAUUCAAUUGCCCCGUGGGCUACAGCGCCUGGCUCUUCAUCUAGCCAAACGUUCUUCAACGAUAAUUCCGAAUUCGAACAGUCCCCCGCAUCCGCAACCUUUCGCCGCCCGACGACCGGACGCACGGCGUCGAGUGAACCGGCCGAGAUGGAUUGGAAUGGUGACCGACGAAGGCCUUCCGCUGUGAGCAUGACGAGCAGCCAAGGUUCAAAGUCGAGCCAGAAGCGCCUGAGAAAGAAGACUAAGACUUUAGUCGGAGAAGACAACUCGGGGCUCGAUGAACCCGAAGAUGGUCCAUCAAAUCCACCAAGCAGACGUGGGGGACCAAUCGACCAGUUAAAGGCCCGAGAAAGAGCCAACUCUGACGGUUCAGAAGCAACUGGAUCGCAGCGGCCCUCGCGGCCACGAGCAGAGGGUUCUCUACCAUCAAGUGACAUCACUCCAUGGGUGUAUCAAAGCUAUCAUGAUAUUCCCCAGUAUGGCGAAGCUCCGGUACGACAAGUGCCUAUUGGACCUGACGGUCAGCGUCUUCCCUCCCGGGCUCCCAGUUCUGGCCACAGAGACUCAAGUCGAAGAGCGCACAAUGGACACCGCCACUCUCGAAGCAAAGAAGAGAAACCUACGCUCGCAGGGGAUCUUGCCGGAUACAACGCUCGUCCGGGCGGAUUUGACGAUUUCAACGUCGGCCUCAGACCCUGGAAUGACAGUUACCUCACCUCAUCUACUGCUAUGAGCUCUUCUUCCAAUAUUGGUGGGCGUUCGACUAGCCCAACACCAAGCGUGCAAAGCGCAAUCUACCGUGAGCACGGUCAGAACUCACCUGGAGGCCCACCCAACAAAAGUGGCAUUCUUGGCAGAAUUGGACGACACCUGCUGCCAGGGUCACACAAGCCGCAUGAGAAAUCCAAGCGUGACCAGUCCCCGGGCCGACACAGGCAGGGUAGCAUCGAAGGCCCCUCUAGCAGCGGCCGCCAUCUUGAAUCAUCAGACUCCAAUAGCAUAAAGAAGGAAUCUGGAAAAGGUCUUGGUGGUAUCCGUGGGCCCAAGUUCGGCAAUCGCCGCUUUGCCAGCAAUCUGACUGGUGAUCUUGCUCCGCGAGAUGGAGCACACCACAGAGAAGAUGACAAACAUGUAUUCAAACUCGACACCGAUCUUAAGAAUGUGGAUGACAUUGUUCGUUCGACUUCACCGGGCCGCAUGCCUCAGGGAACGGAAGGAACUGCUACACCUCGUGAACCUCCGAACCGGCCUGAUACACAGGCAAGCUUGGGAGCCGACAGUUGGCAUGCGCCUGAUAGUUGGCAUGUCAAGAAGCAAAACGACCUUUUGGAAUCCGAGGAAGGCGGUUCCAAGCCGACUGCCAGUCUUCGUGAUCGCGAUGGUUCAUCUUUCUUCAUCCGAGUUUUCCGCAUCGACUCCACCUUUGCUACUCUUUCAGCUGGCCUGAACGCAACUGUUGCAGAAAUUCUUUAUAUGCUUGGGAAAAAAUCGUUCUUGCAGGAUCAUCUCAACAAUUAUGAGAUCGUGUUCCGAAAGAAUGACUUAUCUCGGCAGCUUGAUCAUAAAGAAAAGCCAAUCCUCAUGCAGAAGCAACUUCUGGAACAAGUCGGCUAUACUGAAAGAGACCGGAUAGAAGAUAUUGGCCGUGAAGACCAUAGCUAUCUCUGCCGUUUUAUAUUCCUGCCGACGAAGCUCAGCGGAUACACCAGCCUGGAAGCUGAUCCUGGCUUCAACAAGAUGCAAAAGUUCAAUCACGUGGAUCUCCAAGGCAAGAGCCUUGUCACAAUUCCCAUUACACUAUACAAAAAAUCAUCGGAGAUUAUUUCCUUGAACUUGUCCAGGAAUCUCUCUCUGGAUGUACCAAAGGAUUUCAUCCAGAGCUGUAUUAACUUGAGGGAGAUCAAAUUCGUUGGAAAUGAGGCUUCGUAUCUUCCCACAAGUUUCAGUCUGGCCAGCCGCUUGACCUACUUGGAUGUGUCAAACAACUCCCUAGAGAAUUUGGAUGACGCACAGCUUGACCAGCUUCAAGGCUUGGUCAGUAUCAAACUCUCAAACAACCAGUUGACGGACCUGCCUAGCUACUUUGGAAACUUCAAUUCCUUAAGAAGUCUGAGCAUGUCCUCGAACGGCUUCAAGGUCUUCCCAGAAUUUAUUUGCAACCUGAAGAGCCUAGUCGAUCUGGAUAUCAGUUUCAAUGGCAUCGAGUCGCUUCCUAAUAUCGGCAAAUUGACAACUCUGGAGCGCCUUUGGAUGACCAACAACAACAUCAGCGGAUCUCUUGAUGAUUCUUUCAAAGACUUAUUAAAUCUGAAGGAGAUCGACGGGCGAUUCAAUGCUAUCACUAGCAUUGACAACCUGUCUCGUUUGCCGCGACUAGAGCAGGUUACUUUCGGUCACAACUUAAUAUCUCGGUACAGAGGAGCAUUCCCUAGGUUACGCAGUUUGUACAUGGACCACAAUCCAUUGACACAGUUUGAUAUUGACAGCCCCAUGCCAACGCUGACCUCUCUCAAUCUUGCAUCUGGCAAACUCUCCCAACUUAGAGAUGCCAUGUUUGAGAACAUCACGAAUCUCACGAAGCUCAUCCUAGACAAAAAUCACUUGUCGUCAGUUUCGAUACAGAUUGGCAAACUGCGUCGACUGGAGCAUUUCAGUAUUAUCAAAAACCCCCUCUCCUCGUUGCCUGCUACCAUCGGCUGUCUUGCUGAGCUCAGAGAUUUCAACCUGAGAGAGUGCAAUCUCAAGGUCUUGCCGGAGGAAAUUUGGCAUUGCGUGAAGCUGGAAACUCUCAAUGUCUCCACGAACUUGCUAUCGACUUUCCCCAAGCAUGGAGCCCCACAGCCUUUGAUACCUGGAGAGCCGACCACAACUCCUGCCACCACUCCUGGAGUUUCUGGAAAUCCCAGCUAUGAGGAAUUGGGACCACUCGAUGAAAUGAACUUCCGCCGGCCUAGUCAAACAUCCAGUGGGGCUAUAGCAUCUGGUGCAUCGCCAAGUGGUACAUAUCGGAACCCUUCGACGACCCCGUCAAUUGGACAGUCAACAGCAGGACGAAAGGUAUCAUCAACAUCACGAUCAGGAACCAUAGAACCAAGCUCAUCUUCCCGAAAGGAUUCAAACUUCUCACAGCAUGGUGUGGCGAUGAGCUUUGCCGGAUCUUUGCGAAAUCUUCACCUUGCCGAUAACCGCCUGGACGACGACAUUUUCCGCGAACUGGCCCGUCUCCCUGAAUUGCGCAUUGUCAAUCUCUCCUACAACGAGCUUACAGAGCUGCCCCAGGGUGUUCUCAAGCGAUGGCCUAAUCUCUCCGAACUCUACCUUUCUGGCAAUGAAUUGACCUCGCUCCCAUCAGAUGACCUCGAGGAAGGAAGCCAGUUGAAGGUUCUUCACAUCAACGCUAACCGAUUCCAAGUCUUGCCCGCCGAGCUGUGCAAAGUCAGCAAGCUCGCCAUUCUUGAUGUUGGAAGCAAUGGCUUGAAGUACAACAUCUCCAAUUGGCCUUAUGACUGGAACUGGAACUGGAAUCGGAGCUUGAAAUACCUGAACUUCUCCGGCAACAAGCGUCUCGAGAUCAAGCCCAACAUUGCGUCCUUGGGCCAACCGGUCACAAACGGUGCUAAUCUGACUGACUUUACGUCCUUGACUCACCUUCGUGUUCUCGGUUUGAUGGAUGUCACUCUCACGAUUCCUACAAUACCAGAAGAAAAUGAGGAUCGCCGUGUGCGUACUUCUGCAUCUUUGGCAGGCUCACUCGCCUAUGGUAUGGCAGAUACACUCGGUCGGACCGAGCAUCUGUCCAUCAUCGAUAUGAUUGUGCCCCGCUUGAAGCCGGAUAACGUCGAGACACUGAUGGGUAUGUUUGACGGUUCAACAAUGUCGAGCGGUGGCUCCCGAGUUGCGAAGUACUUGCACGAGCACUUCACCGCGACCUUUUCUCAUGAGCUUAAGAAGCUGCACCUUGAUCAGGAUGAGACUCCAGCCGAUGCUCUCCGACGUGCAUUCUUGGCUUUGAACAAGAAUAUGGCUGGGUCAGCAUACAGAUCGAUUGAUGAUCGCGAGCUUCGUCAGUAUAACCGUCGAACCAUCAGUUCGAAGCACCUCAACCAGGAUGAUAUUCAAUCUGGUGGUGUUGCGACCGUGUUGUAUUUGCACAACAUGGAUUUGUAUGCUGCUAAUGUUGGUGACGCGCAAGCCAUUCUUGUGAAGUCAGAUGGUUCCUUCCGCAAUCUGACACAGAACCACGAUCCCGCUGAACCACGUGAGCGAGCGCGUAUCCGUGCUGCUGGAGGUUUCGUGUCUCGCAAUGGAAAGCUGAAUGAUGUUCUCCCCGUCUCGAGAUGCUUCGGUCACUUCCCAAUGAUGCCUGCUGUCAUUGCGGCUCCGCAUACCAUGCAUGCCACCUUGACAGAGCAGGAUGAAAUGAUCAUUCUGGCCUCAAAGGAACUUUGGGACUAUGUGGCACCGGAAUUAGUGGUCGAUAUCACCAGAGCUGUUUACCCGGACCUAAUGUUCGCUGCUCAAAAGCUUCGAGAUCUGGCCAUUGCCUUUGGUGCAAACAACAAGUUGAUGGUGAUGAUCCUAGGCGUGAGCGAGCUUCAAAAGCGACAGAAGAAGUGGGCUCGUCCUAGCAUGUCCUUGGGUCCCUCCACGUUCGCCGAUGAGCAAAUUAUUCCCUCAACCAAAAUCCGCAAGCGCCCUCGUGAUGUUCCUGGAGAUUCUCGAUUGGCUCGCUUUGAUUAUGUGGAUGCUCCUGUCGGUGAGCUGGUCAUCAUCUUUACGGAUAUCAAGAAGUCAACAGGUCUGUGGGAGACUUGUCCAGAAGCAAUGCGCUCGGCCAUUCAAAUCCACAACGACAUCCUGCGACGACAACUUGGCAUCAUCGGUGGUUACGAAGUCAAAACCGAAGGAGACGCAUUCAUGGUCGCCUUUGCAACCACGACCGCUGCCUUGCUGUGGUGCUUCAACUGUCAGAAUCAGCUGUUGGAAGCUGAGUGGCCUACGGAGAUCCUCGAGCAGCCGCAGUGUCAGGUUGUUGUGGACAUGGAAGACAAUGUUAUCUUCCGCGGUCUAUCCGUCCGUAUGGGUGGACACUGGGGAGAGCCUGUCUGCGAAAAAGAUCCUGUCACCAACCGCAUGGACUACUUUGGACCCAUGGUGAACCGAGCAUCUCGUAUCUCCGCUGUUGCCGAUGGCGGGCAGAUCUUUGUUUCGUCUGACUUCAUGACUGACAUUCAGCGCAACCUUGAGAUCUUUGCCGAUGCUGAGCGCUCUGCUUCUACUAGCUCGACCGAGAGCCAUCCGCGUGUUGAUAGUCUUGGACAGAAUAUCCGCCGCGAGCUGAAUCAGCUCAAUAGCCAGGGCUUCGUGAUCAAGGACCAGGGUGAACGGAAGUUGAAGGGUCUUGAGAACCCAGAGCCUCUUUACCUCGUCUAUCCUCACUCACUCGCUGGUCGCCUGACAGUCAUGGAAGAAGCGAGUAACGAGACUAGCGGUCCGGCUACGCUUAAGCCCGGGUCAGAACUCGACCUCAAGACCGAACUCAUCUGGCGUCUGUGGGAGGUUACCCUUCGUCUAGAACGUCUCUGCAGUGCUCUCGAGAACCCCAUCAACCCACAACUCCGUGAACCAAACAUCGCCCUGUUCAACAUGGUUAAGAAUCAUGGCGGCGAGCUAAACGACUCAACCGUAAUCAGCCUAGUCGACCAACAAGUGACCCGCAUUGAAGCAACCAUCAACACCCUCUCCGUGCGGCACAUGAUGCGCCCCUUCAAGCCCGGUGACCGCCUUGAAGACCACGCCGUCCCAAUCGGUGAAGUGAUGCAACAACUAGCUACACAACUGGCCGAAUACAGCGCCUUAAAAGAACAAAUGGCCAUCGGAGACAUAAGCCUCACCGGUGUACCCCCAGCCCAAUACGGUUCCCCGAUCCACAUCACCACCAGUGGGAACAGCAACGACAUCUCCGCCUCCUCAUCCUUCCUCAACAUUUCUGCGGACACGCCACGCACCUUCGAGUUCCCGCACAACGCCCGUUAA